CGGAGCGGUUGAAAUGCCUCGUGGAGAAGGGCGCGUUCUCCCGUUCUGGGCAGGGGUUGGGGGCCGGCGGUCCGGGCCGCGAGGUGCGUGCGGAAGCUGGCCGGUGGCCUUGGGGACCCCGCACCUGCCGCGACCCGCCGCUCCCUUCACGGUCCGGGACCCAGCCCCGCCGCCCCGUCCUCGGCGUAGUGGCCGGAGCGUGACCGCUCGGUGCCCGCCGGACGCUCGCUCCCCGCCCCCGGCCCGCCUCCCCGCCCGGCCCCUCCCGCGGACGCUUGGACCUCGCUGCGCGUUCCUUCCCCUUCAGACCCCCUGCAGACCUUGUCUGGGACUUCUCGGCGGUCCCGCAGAGCACAGCACCCUCCGCUGGCCAGGAGCUCUGCUGCUCGGCCGGCGACCGUCUCCCCGCUGGAGGAGCCCCUUCCCCCGGCCGAGAAGACAUGAAGUAGAAACAAUCCAGGCAGGCUUUGGGAACCUAUUUGUGUGCGAGGAUCAAAUUGAGCUCCAAGGUUUUUCCGCCAUGACUGAAGUGGCAGAACUUCUGCCGUGAUGAGUCAGGUGGAGAUGAGCCGUGGAAAGGAGGGGCGUAGAUGAUGGUGGCAGCAGUGCAUGUUUAUAUGUAAGAUGCACUGCUUCUGUAAGUCGGAGGCCCUGAUUACUCAUAAUGAAAACCUGCAUGGAAAUUUGGAGUGAUGUGCCAGCAAACUUACCGGUCUAGAUCUGAAAAAUACACUGAGGAGAAAGUACACCCAGCAACAAAGUUCGCCUUAUCUGACAGCACAAGAGCAGAGAAAUCAAAAGUUUUUGAGGAUUCGGUAUACACAGCCACCAGCCACAAACAGUCUUGCUGGAUUAUCUCGUGAUUGUCAGCAGUUGUGAUUUUCCCCCUUUUACUUACAUUCUUGAUGGAGCAUUUUGUAUUUUUAGAUGAACUCUUUGCAACAACCCUGCAAGAGGAGGGCACAGUUGUCAUUCCCAUCUCACGUGAGGGACCUGCCACACCGAGAGGCUAACAGAAACACCCAAGGACAAUCAGCCAGCCUGCAAGGAGCUGGCAUCUCAACCCAAGUGUCUGGCACCAGAGCUUGCACUCUACCACUUGGCCUCCUCUUUUCAUGUUUAGAUUUGAAGAGCAUUUCAGUGAAAUCUCAGUUUAAACUCUUUAAUUAAAUUUA